UAAUUGAAUUAAUCAUGGAAUUGUAUAAACACAGGCGAAUAUUUGUUCCAAAAAGAACUAGUGAACUUGUCGCGUUAAUGGCAAUAUCAACGACAUUAUUUUUAUUCUUACACACAAGAGAUUUAAAUACAAGAUUAAAAGAAAUGGAAGUGAAAUUACAACCAGACGACACAGCAUUUAAUCAACUAUCAUUAAGAGGUGCUAGUAAUAGUGGUUUCGAAACAAUUAAUAAAAAUUAUAUUCAAGAAAUGGAACGAACGUUAAGAAUUACGGGCGAGAUGUCAACUUUACAUCCAUAUUUAUUAAACAAUACACGAAAUGCACAACAAGAUAUUGUAUUCUUUAAUCGUGUACCAAAAGUUGGUUCACAAACAUUCAUGGAAUUAUUGCGACGAUUAAGUAUACGAAAUAGUUUUGGUUUUCAUCGUGAUCGUGUUCAACGUGUGGAAACAAUACGUCUAGCACCUGUUGAUCAAGCUGAAUUAGCAGCGGCUGUAACAGCAUUAGAACAACCGUCUGUUUAUAUUAAACAUGUGUGCUUUACUAAUUUUACAAUGUAUGGAAUGCCGGAGCCAAUUUAUGUAAAUUUAGUAAGAGAUCCCGUAGAACGAGUAAUAUCCUGGUACUAUUAUGUGCGAGCACCGUGGUACUACGUGGAGCGAAAGCAAGUAUUUCCAGAUCUACCCCUACCAGAUCCAGUAUGGUUAAGAAAAGAUUUUGAAACGUGUGUUUUAAGUGGUGAUCGAGAAUGCCAAUAUAUAGAAGGUGAAACACAUGAGGGUAUUGGAGAUCACAGACGACAAUCACUAUUUUUCUGUGGUCACAAUGAAGCUUGCACUCCAUUCAAUACAGUUGGUGCCUUAGAACGUGCUAAGUAUGCAGUGGAAAAGCAUUAUGCCGUUGUAGGAGUUUUGGAAGAUUUAAAUUCAACAUUAACAGUUUUGGAAAAAUAUAUACCAAAAUUUUUCUCAGGAGCUACACAAGUAUUUUGGGAUGAAGUGGAUCGUUUCAACAAAAUCAAUAGAAAUUUGUUUAAACCACCAGUCAGUGAAGAAAUUAAAGAAAUCGUCCGAAGGAAUUUUACAAGAGAAAUAGAAUUUUAUCAAUUUUGUAGACAAAGAUUACACAAACAAUUAUUAGCAUUAAAAACGAAUAAAUAAUUAAAAUUAUCCAUAGAUUAACACUUAUUGUUAUAAACUACAGGCAACAAGAAACAGUUCAUUUGAAAAACCUUAAAGGCACAAUUCCACUGAGGUAACUUUUAGGCAAUAUGUAGCAUGCGGCAUUGACGCAUAGGAGGAACACAAACCGACAAAAACAUAUGUCUCCUUACCGCAUGCUACAAGUUGAAUGUUGUUGACUGUCGAUUGCAUCAUCUUUCGAAAUGAUUCAACGUAUCUAACGGUGUCGUCGUCUAUCCAACAGUCAACAGAUCGGUGCGGUUUGUAGCGAACAA